CGCAUGCGUGCUUUGGCAUCUGACUUAAGGGGAUGGUGGAAGAAAAGGGGGGGUGAGUAUUUUGCUGCGUCACCAGCUGCCUGGAAGCUGCCGUUGCUGGAGAAGGAGCGAGCGAGAGAGAGCGCGCGCGCGCGGCAUUGUGGGUAACAGGCCUCAGCCUUUCAGCCCCGAGGACGAGCCGCUGCCGCUCCUACCGCCACCGCUGCUGCUCCCACCGCCGCCCUGCCACCACCUCGUCCUUGCCGGGAGACCUUCAGUCCCGCUUUCGUUUUUCCGGCCGGAGCCCUUGGAGAGACGGAGAAAGAGGAAGGAGCACGAGUCGGAGCCGCUGUCGCUGCUAACAUCGCUCGCCAUGCAGCCUGCUUCAGCAAAGUGGUAUGACCGAAGGGAUUACGUCUUUAUUGAAUUUUGUGUUGAAGACAGUAAAGAUGUUAAUGUAAAAUUUGAGAAAGCCAAACUUACAUUCACUUGUCUUGGAGGAAAUGAUAACUUCAAGCAUUUAAAUGAAAUUGAUCUUUAUAAUUCUAUUGAUCCAAAUGAAUCCAAGCAUAAAAGAACAGACAGAUCUGUUUUAUGUUGUUUACGAAAAGGAGAAUCCGGCCAGUCAUGGCCACGGUUAACAAAAGAGAGAGCAAAGCUCAAUUGGCUCAGUGUGGACUUUAACAACUGGAAAGACUGGGAAGAUGAUUCUGAUGAAGAUAUGUCCAAUUUUGAUCGCUUUUCUGAAAUGAUGAACAACAUGGGUGGUGAUGAAGAUGUAGAUUUGCCAGAAGUAGAUGGAGCAGAUGAUGAUUCACCAGAUAGUGAUGAUGAAAAAAUGCCAGACCUGGAGUAAAAGAAACUGACAGAUGUUGGGGUUUGGGGAAAGACUUCAUCACAACAUUUCAUAAUUGAGAUAAGAAUUCCUGAGUUGAUAGCUCUAAAGACAGAAAAUGCAUCCUUUAAUUCAUCUUCAACCUGUUUUAAGCAGCUUCAUUGAUUGGUGCAUACCAUUGUUCAGGGCAGUCUUAAGCUAUGUGAGGCAAUAAUGUUAGCAUGAAAGUUUUCCAGACUUCCAAAAAAGGAACAACAAAAACCCAACCACACAAAUAUUUGAGGUGUAGGCAGUCAAAACAGUUGCAAUAAAAGGGUUUAUAAUGCCUCUUUGCCUCAUCGUAAGAUGUUACAAUGGGUAAACUCAAUUUACAUGAAGUGGUAAAUGUAUACUUUCCCCCUCAUAUUGUGGACUGCAGACAACUCAAGUUUCAGAUUUUGUGGCUGGAACAGAACUGGCUGAAGCAAUGUUCUAAUUGGCUUUUGAAAUUUAAGCUGGUAACAUGCUGUACCUCCAGGGGUAUCUUCAGGGUAUGUUCCACUAAUGUUUAAUGCUUUUCACUUUGUUGUAUUUAAUCACUAGUUAGUGUUCAAAAUAUCCUAGGUAAAACUAGCAACCCCUUUAAAACUUAAAAUGGGUGAAGCCUGUACACUUGGUUGUUUGAUCCUCAGAGCUCAUGGAUCUCUUACUAUGGAGAAGGGAGCCUGUACGUUGUUGCUUAUCAAUCUGUACAUUUAGACCAAAUUGUAUUUGCACUGUUGGUAUGAAAGCGAGUGACAAAAUGUUAAUACACUAUUGGAUCUUUUGUUUUUUGACCAGCUUAUGAUAAGCCUGAAAACCUCAAUUUGUGUUCAAAGCAGUGGGGAUUUUUUAAUGUCUACAUUAUUUCUAAUAAACUGUUGAAGACUCCAUGGCUGUCAACUGUCUGGCUGGCUGUAACUUCAUGUAUUCUUACUAUUUGUUGGAAUGAAGUACUUUAUUUCUAGUUGGAAUAAUAGUAUAGGAUUGUUCAACUGUUUGAAGGAGGGGGGAAAAUUAAUAUUCCCAAGCAAUUCCCCUUAAACAAAAUCGGACCUGUAAGUUUUGAAUACUGAUAGCAAUUUAAAGGAAGUGUUGUGAUUUGACUAAAAUAAAAAAUGGUCAUCCCUUAAAAUGUUGAGCUUCUGCAUUUCACACCUGAUUUCUGCAAUACUUAUUUUUUUAAAUGAGUAUAUGUGACUGCAGUUUGACCACAAGAGUUCAUUGAAGAAUAUUUCAAUAUAGACUCUAAUACUGAACAGAGCAUUUCUAAAGAGCAUUUCUAAAGGUGUUUUUCAGUACACUCCUCUCCCCAAAGAUCUUGUCAUAUGCUCUUCCCAGUUUCAUAUUUUGGUUAACGUAUUUGGUGUUUUCAGUUAAAUUGUAAUCCUAUCUGCAUUUUAUGGAGGUCAAACAAAGGUAUUUGGGAAUAAAAUUACUUGGAAAUCAA